CGACACUUCCACCUCAGCAGUCCAUCACAGCCUGAUCAAGGUACACAUCCUGCAACUGCGGUAUGGCAGACGACCAUGACGCCGAUAACGACGAUGCCCUGCGACUCUCCGCUCCCGCUCUCCACCACAGCCGCACGCUGAACGUGGUAUUUGCUUCAUUAGGAUGUGACGACCGCAGGAUCGUCGAAGACCUGCUACCGACCCUCGCCAGCCUGCCCGACGUGUCCCUCAGGGCCAUCCUCGAUCCUGCCUUCUGCGGCCAGGCCUUCGUGAACGCCUCGACAUCAUGUCUGACCAUGCCGAACAUCAUGCGCCGCGCUCCAACACCCAAUGCUCUUGCUGUGGAACUGGAGGCAGCGGAACUGUGCGAGUGGGCCGACUUGCUAGUUCUGGCUCCUAUGGACGCCCACAAUCUCGCAAAGAUGCUGCACGGACACACAGAUAACCUGGUCUUGGAGCUCAUUCGCAGUUGGGACGUGUCCAAGAAGAUUCUGCUGCUACCCGGCAUGUCGUCGCGCAUGUGGGAAAACCCCAUGACCAAAAAGCAGCUCACCAAGAUUCGCAGGAAGUGGAAUUGGGUGCAGGUGUUGCAGCCUAUGCUAUGGGCCUUCGUAAGCGAGCAAAAGAAGCUGGUAUCCUGGGAAGCUGCGGAGGAGCUCGUGGAUGCGGUUCGCAAUCAGGUGGAUUUGAUUAAUAUUGGCGCAGGGCUGGAUGUUUCGCCCGAUCAUCCAACAUCCUUUCCCACACCAUCGAAAAAGACGGGAAUCUUGCCGCCCGAAUUAUGGACCAUGAUCAUGGACUUUACGGGUGACUGGGAGCUAGCUCAAAAAUUGCAUAUUUUUACCAAUUUGAGACCAACUGCGGAUUGGACUUCCCAUACCAGCCCGCAAGGCCCACGUAACUACAUGGAGACUCUCGAGCUCACCCUCUUGCGUGGAAACCUCUCCGACGUGAAGCAUUUCAUAGCGACACACAGCGUGCCGCGCUGGCUAUCGAAAUUGUGCAUCAAGCUGAUCAUGCGCUUCGCCAUGACUGACCUAUUGGCUCAUCUGGAGGCCAGUCACAAAGACCUGUUCUGGGCGACAUUUGGCCAAACUUUCUUACCUGACAAGGCUUCCUCUGUCUUUGGCAGAACCGAGAUUCUCGAGUACUGGAGAACCUCCCCGUCGUUCCUUAACAAGGAGUACAACAGCGAAGCGCUGGACGGGGCUUCACGAGCAGGGUUCGUGAAUGUAUUAGAAUGGUGGCAGCACUCUGGUCUGCCAUUAAAGUUCACCGAAGCGGCCCUAGAACAAGCGAGUGGUCAAGGCCACAUAUCAGUACUCGAGUGGUGGAAGGCUCAAUCAACAGCCGUGGGAGAUUCCAGCGUCAGUGUGGACUCUUCCAAAGUGCGCUUGAAACCAGGCAAGAGCAUCUGUUAUGCCACGCAGAAUGGUCAUACGGAUGCAGUGCAUUGGUGGCUGCGUUCUGGGAUUGCAUUUCCUCAUGAGGACACUGUUGCCAAGCUCGCCAGCACGCAUGGCCACGUCGAUAUAUUGCAAAUCUGGUAUGAACUCAAGGGUUCCAAAAUGAUAUUCGACAACCAAGUACUCGUUGGUGCGACCAAAAGCGGCAACGUCGCUGUGCUGGAGUGGUGGAAGCAGUCCGGACUCAAGGUCGAAUAUAAGACGUGUGAUGUGGAAGAGGCUUUGGAAGAUGGGUACGAAGGCGAACGGGAGGUCCAGGUUCGGAGGUGGUGGGCUCAGAAUGGGCUCAACUUGGGCGUGGGAACUAGUGAAUGGAUGAAGACCAAGGUUUUGAAUUCUUGAUUGAGAAGCGUUCGAGCGAGCAUGGUGUUGGGGCCAGAUUGUAUACGUGCACAAGAACACGAAGGGCGAGACGAGGUGAUAGACAGACCUCAUUGUCCCAUGGAACGAAC